ACGGUGAAAUCAAGUCUCGAGGAAGGUCCUGCGAGGCUCCUUCCGCCGUGUUGUCAGCGGGCGAGGCGGCACAGUAGAGCCCUGCCGCACUCCAGCUCCUAUUCCGUGAGAUAAGUCUCAGUAAAACCUACUUUCUUCAUUUAUUUCCUUGGUCCAUUCAUUCAUGAUGUUCGUAAGGCUGUUAAUUUGAGAGUUUUACUUUCAUCUCUUUUCCUAACCGCAAGCACGACUUUCCUACCUGCCUACCUGCCUGGGUGCUUGCCUUUGUUGCUGUUUCCUUAUUGUUAUGUUGCUGCUGCUAAUGUAGGAUGCCGCCGGGUGGUGACUACCACUCGUGUCUCUUCUUUUGCUGCCACAUAAGAGCGAAGGACGCUUGUGUUUCCCAUGCUGAAGAACGACAAUAAGGAUUUCUUGUAGAACCUGUAGCUAUGAGGUUUUCCAUCGUCCCAACACCAGCUUAGCGGCGUCGUGCCCCGACUGUGUUAUUGUUAGCAGGAGUCUGCGAGGGAGCUGCAGGAGGCGGCAACAGCUGGGGAGGUCACUGGUAGGAUCGUCGCACUCCGCCAGCCAGGCCGAGCAGCAGCACCCCGCAGCAGGACCCACCGCCACCACAAGCAGCAAGCCUCCCCAGUGAUGCUCCUGGCCCGGGCCACAGUGGAGCUUGUGUAGCGAUGCGCGCGGUGUCUUGCCCUCUCGACCCCUCCACUCAGGCUGUCCUCGCCUCUUUCCCUCCUCCGUCGCCACCUGUCUUGAGUCACCCGUGAAACUCGAUUCAGAUUCGUGCGUCAGUGUGUGUGUACGUGUGGUUGUGAUCGCAUUUGUCCAUACGUGUAUGUGUGUGAACGUGUGUGGAUGUUUGUGUACGUAUAAUCCUGUUUGUGUACACGGCUAUGAGCAAGAGGAAGCUGUUUGAGUACUUAUUACUUAUGGAUGAUGACAGCGUGACGUGCACACAGUUUGCUGACGAACACUAACUAACAGAAGAAAAAGAAGGGAAAGAGUUUAGAAACGAGCGUUGUUGAUGCACGUGCUGGGGGCCAAGAACGUGGUGGUGGUGGAUGACACAGUGCCGAUACUCUGCCGUCACUGCUGUCCCCUCCCCUCGCCCUUCCUCCUCACGCUGCGGCCCCUUAGUGCUCUGGACGCGCUCUGGACCCUCCGUUUGCAGCCCAGCCAUGACGUGGACUCGAUAAGAUGCUCAGGCUGUCUGGAUCCACUAAAUCGACGUGGUCAAGGAAGCUUCAACAUGUGCUGGCUAUUGUGACGCAUGGCGGCCGAUAUUCUUACUCAGCCUUGGAGGAUGACGGGACCGGCGAGCGACUGGAGAUGGAGAGGAAGGUCGCGAGGGGUACAACACGGGACACAUCCGCCCUGGCCGCCCGAAGCUACCUCAGAGGUCACCAGCGGUACUCCCUCCUAGAACACUUACGGGAUAUCGGAUCGCGGAUCGACAAGAACUGGUUUAUGAUCCGCGACUCCUCCGUCAAGACUGACCGCCUCAUGACCCUGCAGCCGUACGACGAGCACUGCCCCAUCCCGGUGACCCACGGCACGCGGGAGGCCCUCAUCGAGCUCUUCCAGGCGCUGCACCACCCGUACAUCUACCCCGUGCUGGACGUGGACUUCGCGAACAUCUCGUCCCACACCUACAUCGUCACCAUCAUUCCCCACAACAACAAGGGCACGCUCAAAGACCUCAUCUACCGGAGUCACUGGCAAGACGAUUGGGUGGAAAAGUAUCAGCAGAGGUCGACGGGGCUACCGGUGGGCCAGGUGCAGCGCCUAGGGCGACAGGUGCUCGAGGCGCUGCUCUUCCUCCAGGAUCGAGGCUUCCCCCCUUGCGGCCACCUGCACUCCGGGAACGUGGUGCUGCAGAACGGCGUGGCGAGACUGUCCGGAGUGGAGAACACGCUGCUGGGCCUCACCUCGAGGAUCUACCCCAUCAUCAAGCGGCGCCUCAAGGACAACAGGGACGCCAUUGACUCGGUCUGCUUUGGUCAUGUCCUCUUUGAGAUGUGUGCUGGCUACGAGCUGUCAGCAGCCCAUCCCACUGCCAAACACCUAGAGGACAUCGCAACAUACCCUCAGGUGGUGCAGGUUCUGGAGUACAUCUUUGGUAAUGGUGACCAGUAUCCCAGCAUAGAAGAGAUCCUCUGCCUUGAUUUCUUCCGUAACCUGGAUCUCCGAGAAAUGCGGGCAGCUCCCCUUCCACUUUCAGUGGCUUUGAUGUUCCAGAUACGGUACUCUCCUAUGAUAAGAAAUAUCCUGAAGGAGGUUCGAAGAUUCCAAAAACAGAGAAGUGUCCAGCGGCGAACUCGUUCACUAAGCCGGGGAGACACUCUUGACAGCGACGGGUACUGCCGCCGGGACCCAAGGCGUGGAAGACGUGGGGGAGGCACAGCCUCGGGCGGUGAAGGGGGAGGAGACACCCCCACCAGCAGCGAGGCCUCGGCUGGAGGGGCAGGUGUAGGGGAGGACAGUGUUCCUCCCUCCUCAGCCUACAACACCCCCUCAGCCUCCCUAGCUGCUCUCUCCUCCCCGACCUCUGAUGUCACCCCGUCCCCAGAGCACCCUACACACCGCCUGCUGGAGGUGCCCUCGCCUCAGCACCCCACCUCUACCACCUCCACCGUCUGUCAGGAUGUGUUCCACACUCCGCCACACACGCCGCCCACCCCUCAGAACCACCCAAUCAGAAAUAACCAUAUCAGCCAGGCUCACAACGACCGCCCGCUCACAACGACUCGAAAUCCGCCCAGAGACUCACACAGCUCCCAGUGGUCAAACACAAAUCACCUGACCCAGAAUGGCCAUGUGGGCAAACGUGGCCAGCCGUGGACGUGACCCAAUAAUAGUGGUAAUGGUGUGGCUUUCCUUCCCCACGCAUUAGCUGCUGCACCUAUUCCAUGGCUCCCUCUCUAGUAGUGUUGCUCUCACAUGAAUAUUUUCUUUCUUUAUCUUUUAGUACUGAAAAAAGAAGAGUAAUUUUUCAUUUUCCAGGGCAUUCGCUAAAUCGUGGAUACGUAACUUCAUCGGUGACUCUUGCACCUACAAUGCAAUAUGAACUACUACUAGAGUGCAAAUGUGCAAACUGUUUGUCACAUGAUUGCAAUAAGCUAUAAGGAAAAUCACAGUGUAGAACAGAAGUGACUGCGAGAAGCAUGGCUAACAGGGCUGUACCCGUGGCUGAUAUGACAGCCUCAUGCUUGGUUUCAGCCUCAAACAAGGACGGCACAGACCCCACAUGGAUGCCAGGAGGUACUGCCAUGAUAACACUAGUCACUGCAGUGUUGUGAUCUGCCAGUCUGGGACAGCAGUGUUAAUAUGAACAGUUUUGCUGCUGCCUGAAUGGAACACUGUUGAGCAUGGGAAUGCAUUUUUUUUAAACCAAGAAAUGCUUGUUUUCUUUUUGUAAAAUUUAAUCACCUUCAUGCAAUAAAAUGAAAAUGUUCUUUCAUGUAUAUGUAUAUACAUAUUCAUUAUACUAUGCUUUUAUAUUAUAGCAUGCCAUAAUUUUGUAUCAUACAACAUGUAUUUUGCUGUGCAUAUUCAAGUUUACAAAAGUGGUUGACUUUGACAUUGUAUGUUUUUAUUUGUGAUAUUGUAUAUUCUAAGUUUAAGAAUUAACACAUUUUUCAGGAGUUUCCUCUUCAUAAUCAACUGAAGCCAAAGAUUUUCAUAAAAUGUGUGAUGUAAGAAUUUUAAUCACUCAGUGUCUGUGGUCGCUUUGUUUCUUUGCCACAUCUAUCUUUUUUUCUUAUAUGAUUAAUUGACUGAACCAGACUCAUAUGAAUUAAAGAACUAAUCAACUUAACAAUUAUUUUUCUGAAAAUAAAAGUUAUUGAAUUUUAACCUAUAAAAAGGAAAUACAUAUUAGAUUUUAACACAUAUGAGUGUUUUCAAUACCAGACAUCUAAAGUGUAACACAAGGUUGCAGACAAAGAAUCAAGUUUGGUGUGUCAAGAAUAUUCUGAAUAUACAGGCAAGUAUUUGGAAAUGAUUGCAAUCCUAUUGCUAGAGACAGGGAGAAAUUUUCAUGUGAAAUCUCAAAGCUCACAUUUUUCUUAUCAUAUCUAUGAGUGAUGAAAUAUGUUAUUUACGGAAAUAUUAAUUUCCUUUUUGAGGAAAAAGCAUCUUGAACUUAGUUUGAAGUCUAAAUAUGAAUUAUUCAAACACCAUAAAGGAAGCUGGAACCCUGGGUAAUAUAUAGAACUCUUCCAAAGCAAAAACUUGAUGAAUAUAAAGGGCAACCAGAAAAGGGCUUUCUUGCAGACACUGAUGUCCUUUCUUCCCAGUCAGGAGUUACUUUCAACCCUGUAAAUAUUCACACAUUUUCUGGAAACAUUUAUAUUUUUAUCACCUGUACAU